UAGACCCUGACUCUGAAUAGCGAAUAGACCAUUCUGCAUUUGCAGUCCACUGAGAACUGACUCUCAUCAGUAAAUUACAGCUAUCCGGUAUUCAUCCGCCAGAACUCGAAAACAUCAAGAUUUAGUGCAUUCGCUGCUAUUGAGUCACGGAGCUGCUUUGAAUAGUAUACUGCUAGGAGCGGUGAGAAUUGGUGAGAUGUACAUGGGCUGACAAAGUCGAUCUUGGGAAUCACGAGUGACUGAGACACUAAUGAGUGAGGAGGAGGAAGGGGAGGACCGCUCCUGGAGGGAUGCGUGAAGUCUGGUUGGUGUGGGGGGUGCUGCUGGUAGGGGGCGGUCUCGUGGACCCCGCCCCGGGGCGGUCUCCGGGGCCCCCUUUCCGAGCGGUCCCCAAGGCGCCACGGUAUCCAAGGUUCGCGCCGCCUACCCAAACCGCAAUCAACGAGUUUCUCCUAAAAGAACCACUCAAAGAUUUCGAAAAAGAGAUCGGUGGUAGUAGUGGAACCGACCAGGAUCAAACGUCCGUUAAAUAUGACCAAGAUCAGUGGAACAAUGACUACAAAUCCUUUAUCCCCGAUCAAGAUCAACCUUCGGUUAACCUUGAUUACAAAUCCUUAACCGCUGAUCAAGAUUCAACGUCGAUCUACCACGGUUACAAAUCCUUGGCCGUAGAUCAAGACCAACCGUCGAUUAGCCUCGAUUACAAAACCUUAACCGUAGACCAAGAUCAACCGUCGAUCAACCACGGUUACAACUCCUUUAUCCCAGAUCAGGACCAACCGUUGGUCAACCCCGGUUACAAACCCCUAGCCGCCGAUCAGGACCAACCAUCGAUCAACCACGGUUACAAAUCCUUAACCGUAGAUCAGGAACAAACGUCGGAAGACCAGGAGGGAGUCAUCUUAACUGCCGAUCAGGACCAAACGGCGGAAUUGUUUAUCAAGGCAGCAAGGACCGACGACUUAACGUGUACAUCCGAAAAUUACAAUGAUAUCGUCGGCUCAGGUCUGGUUUGA